GCUGGAUUUAUGGAUUCGUCUUCCAAACGUCUUUUUUUGUUGUGGGAUUCCGCGGUGAAGCCGUUUAAGCAGGUUUUUCUCUCACUUUCCUCACAGAUUCCCGUGAGUCGCUGCUUCUUGCAGCUCUCGGUGUCGCGCUAAAGCUGGAGCUGUGCGGAAUCAUGAAGAUGAAGCGGACGCGGAGGAAGCGGAGCUCCGUGUGGGGCUGCUUCCAACAAGAAGGGGACUUCGUGCGCUGCAUGAAAUGCGACGCUAAGCUGAAAUACUGCGGUAGAGCCACCAGCUCCAUGAUUUACCACAUGAGCAGGCACCCGGCUGAGGACGACGAGAAGCCUCCGCUCUUCUCGGCUCCGUGCCCGGAGGAGGAGGAGAGCCCGGGCGCCAACCCGGACCUCCUGCAGGUGGCUAACAUGCUCCCGGCCGUUAGCGCGCCGCCCCCCGCCGAGCAGCGCGUCUCCGACUGCGGGGAGAAGAGGCGCCUGAAGCGGAGCUCCGUGUGGGACAUCUUCGUCAGGGUGAACGACGAGGCGCACUGCACCAUGUGCGACACCAAGCUGAAGUACAGGAGCAGCACCACCAGCAUGAUGUACCACAUCAAAAACAAGCACCCCUACACCAUGCCCCACGAAGGCCUGGCCACCCACGCGGAGGUGACGGAGCUCAUCUCCAGGAUGAUAGAGAAGGACAUGCUUCCCAUCACCGUGGUGGACGGUGAUGGCUUCCGGGAGCUGCUCAGCUACACUGUGCAUAAUUAUAAAAUGCCAUCGGUGGGUGACAUCACUCGUCUCAUUGAGAGCCACUUUCAAGAGAAGAUCGCGGAGCUCAGUGUGAAAGUGGGAACCGCUGAGAAACUGGCCCUCAGCGCUGACUGCUGGUCUGUGCUCCCAUCUCAGUCCUACAUUACAGUGUCAUGCGCCUUCAUUACCGAGGAGUGGCAGGGGGUGACGGCUGUGCUGCAGACACACAAAGUGUCAGUUGAUGGCCACACAGAGGCUGCUGUCUUCACAGAGUCCCUGCUCAACACCGUGGAGAUGUGGGGUAUUGCUGGGAAAGUGACUGCAUGUGUUCACAACUACAUGCAUGACAUUAUGCAGCUCCACACCUGCACCCAGGUCCCCUGGGACUAUGCUACUUGUUUCGCCAGGACCUUGCAGUUGGCUGUCAGCGAUGGGCUGAGUGAUGACUUGCUCAGGGUCAUUGUUGCUGCAGGUAAACUAGUGGAACACUUCAACCACAACAUGUUGGCAAGCGAGGCUCUGGUGAUGAAGCAGGCCCACAUGUGCCUGCCACAGCACAAGCUCAUCAAGUCCAGCAAAGGCAGGUGGGACACGAUUUACGACAUGUUUGAACGGCUGCUUGAGCAACGAUGGGCGAUUAAAGCUGUGCUGUCUGACCGCAUGGUCACCAACAGACAUGAAGCGCAAAUGCUUGAGAUUGAAGAUGAUUACUGGCAAGUUAUUGAAAACUUCACACCUGUGCUGGCAACUCUGAAAGGAGCGAUAACAGUCAUAGCUGCCGAUACGGUGUCCAUCUCAAACAUCUAUCCAAUCUCGUUCAGCCUCAUUCAAACUCACCUUGUGCCAAAAGAACAUGAUGUCGAACAAGUCGUCAACUUCAAGCUGAGAGUUCAGAAGUCACUUAAAAAUCACAUGGAGGUUGACUCAAAUCACCUGGCCUCCAAACCAGCACUGAUUGCGUCGAUGCUGGACCCUCGUCACAAACAUCUCAGCUUCUUGACACCAUCAGGGAGACUGGCUGCAAAGGUUAAACUGCAUGAACUGGUUUCCAAAUUGGACAUGGUAACUGCAAUUGUGGGCACCAAAGAUGAAAAGCAAGAGAUGCUGAUCACGCCCGAUGUUAGCCAUGUUGUGAUGCCAUCACAAAUCAGGGGUGACACCAAAAAUACCAUGAUGUUGCUCCUUGGAGACAACUACAGUUCCUCUUAUGGCACAGACUCCGAGGCUCAAGUAGAUUACUAUUUGAGAGACAUUUCACCUUCGUUAGAAGUUAACCCUCUUGAUUGGUGGAGGGUAAAUGGCCCAAGAUUUCCCAGACUGGCCACUCUGGCAAAAUACUACCUGUGCAUACCUGGAGUGUCACUGCCGUGUUUGUUGUCAGAGGCUGGACAAACCUUUGCCACACUACGUACAAGACUGAGCCCAGAGCAUGUUGACAUGAUGAUCUUUCUUAAUAGAAAUGCAUAAUGUACAGCCUGACAGGAUGCAGAAGAACGCCGAUCUCCAAUUCAAAUAUGUAGAACAUGGGCCGUAACACGGUUGAACAGCGUGCAGGUUACUCUAAGUGAAUGACUGAAUUGGAAUAGAGUCAGAAGGGGUGGGACACAACAACAAGGUUCCAAUAGAAUGCCUUGUGCCGUUGAGCUUAAAUUGUUUUAACUACUGGUUCCAUUGCUCAAAGCUGACAAUGUUCUUCUCAAUAGAAGCUGAAGUCCAUAACCAGCACUACAUUUAAACAUUUCCCUGGAAAUAAAUAUAA